CUUAACACAUUUGUCACCUGCAAAAUCAGUGCACGAGAUCCAGAUGCAUGCGAACUCAGUCUCAUAGAGACACGACAUAAGCACACAAUGUAAGAGGUUUGAGUUAGGAGUGUGAACUUGUUAAGUGCAACUUGCGAUCUUAAAUAAUAAUUGAAGCGACAGUAGGCCUACCUAUAGAUCAGUUUGGGAUGAAAGUGUUGUUUAUAAUUUGACAGAGACCGUAUGUUCAUUCAAAUCUUUAGAUUAUAUAUUUUAUCAAAGAAGUUGAAAAAUAUAAUGCAAUGUUAUUUGAAACCAAAUUUAAUGGGAAAAAAGAAGAAAACAAAAAGGUUGCCAUGUCAGAAACUAGAAAGGACGUUUCAUGCAAAACACCCAAAAUGACAUUGGUUUGACAGUCAUUUGUUUUUGCAGCAAGAGGAAACCAGUCAAUUUUACUUGUAUAAGCUAUGCACCGCACGUUAUGUUUUAAACUUUAAGACUACAAAGCUAUACAGUGAAAUUAUUCAUUCAAAGGGCUGCAUCGUGUGAGUAUAAGUGAAGAUAGAAAGGAAGCUUUCGCUCGGAGGGAGUGUUUGAAUUUGAUGAUUUAAGCUCAGUGAGGUCUGAGGAGGUCACCAGAUGGCAUACAGUAAAGUAAUGCUUAAUGGAUGGCCGUCGUUCGGCAGACAGGAUGAAUUCGCCUGUUAUGAACGGAACCGACAGUCGUAAAGAUUCAGCCGUCAUCUCUGAUGUGUGCUGCCAGUAAUUCCGCUGCAGAAAUGAAGCAUGAUUGAUAGCAGUCGCUAGAAAGGAGUACAUCUCUACUGUACGUGUUACAAUAUCGUCAUCGGGACCUUGUCAAGUUGGAUCAUGGGGACACGGAACCAUGUCCCUGCUCUUCUCAAAAGUCAGCUUGGGGAUAUUUUCCUUCUUCUGCACUUCGUGUCAAGAUGUGAUGGUUGCAGCACUGGAUUUAGGGAUGGAGAAAGUGAUUGUGGCCAUGCAGGACCCGGACAUGGGCGUGAAGAUGAGAAACCAGAGGCUCCUUAUAACGGUCAUCCCACACGCCAUGACAGGCCGCGACAUCAUCGAGUGGCUCGUUCACAAAUACAACAUAUGCGAAGAGGAGGCUCUGCACCUUGGAGUCAUGCUGGUGGGCUUCAGCUAUAUUUACCCUCUCAAGGAGCCCCGGUUGCUUGUGCUGCGUCCCGAUGACUCGCCCUACCGCUUCCAGACCCCUUACUUCUGGACCAGUACUCGGUGGCCUGCCUCUGAGCUGGACUAUGCAAUCUACUUGGCUAAAAAGAACAUAAGAAAACAAGGACAGUUGAUGGAAUAUGAAAAGGAGCGCUACAGUCUGUUGCACAAGAGGAUCAACCACACCUGGGACUUUGUGGUGAUGCAAGCCAGAGAGCAACUCAGGGCAUCCAAACAGAGGCGGAAGGCUGACCGGAUUGUUCUGGAAUGUCAGGAGCAGGCUUACUGGCUCGUCAACAGACCCCCGCCCGGGGUGCUUAAUGUGCUCGACGUGGGUCUGGAAAGGCUGAGUAACUGCAAUUUACGAGUCACACUGAAUAGUGACUACUACAAAAGAGAGAUUGAAACUUGGAGAAGGGCUCUGGGAAGAAACCGUGUCAAGUCAUCCAUCUGCCUGGAAGGUUUUUUGAAAUUCAGUGAGCAGUACCAGAACCACGAUCCCAUUAUGCAGGGUUGUCUUCCCAGUAAUCCCUGGAUCUCUGACGACACUGCGCUUUGGACCAUGAAUGCAGAUACUGUGCCCACCCCGACGCGCCUCCGAGUGGAACGUUGGGGCUUCAGCUUCAUGGCACUUCUCAUUGACACCAUGGGGAGGCGGGAAUUCAUGAUUUACCUGGAAAAAGAAUUUAGUGCGGAGAAUUUGUGUUUCUGGCAGGCAUGUGAAGACAUCAGACAUGGAGAAAGUUCCAAGAUCGUAGAAAAGGUGGAUGAAAUAUACAAAAACUUCUUGGCGCCCGCAGCUGCAUGCUGGGUGAAUAUUGACAGUAAGACCAUGACCAAGACCUUAGAGGGCAUCCAACGUCCACAUCGCUUUGUCAUGGAUGACGCGCAAAUGCACAUCUACUUCCUCAUGAAGAAGGACUCUUAUCCCAGAUAUCUUAAAUCUGACCUUUACAAGAACAUGCUGGCCAGGGCUAUUAUUCCACAGGAAACAAAGAAAAGCGUGUUCCCCUUUAUGAGGAGACAACGGCACUCAAGCCCUUCGCCCGCCAAGGCCGCCACUCAGGAAGACGGGCUCGUUAAAGGGUCUGAGCUGGCAGGAACCAGUUCUGCGGCUGUCUGAUGCCAGGCUAAAACAAUGAAAACAUAACAGGUCCACCUCGGUCUCAUUCUUGUCGUUGUGGUCACACCACAUUAAACUUUCUCGUUUCUGACUGCAACUUUGUUUUAUCCUGCACUCCUCUUUCGGGGGGGAAAACGACAAGAACCGGCACCUCACUUUCCAUCCUGAUCUGUGGUAACUUUUCGUCUGGGUGUCCUCAUUUGUAGCACAAUAUAGAUGCAAAUGUUAAAUCAAAAAAGUAACAUGUGCAGCGCUGAAAUAAAACGUAGCGUAGUCCUUCGCCCCUAGGGAAAAAGUUGACGCCCUCCUUAAAAAGGUUUAUGAUUGCCUACUGCUGCCACAAGAUGGCAGCAAAGCACUACUUUUCUAUUAGACAGGGCGAUGGCCCAUCGAAAUGAAGCUCAUCCCCUUACUUCAAUAAGUUCCUUGACACCAAUAUGCCACAAGAUGGCACCAACCAAUACCUUGACAUUUAACACGGCUUUGGCCUGAGCACAAACAGAGCAGCGAAUUGCAGGUUCUUCUGUCAGCCUUGAAAAAUGUCCCAACAUGCACACACCAGAGUAGCAUCAAAUAUAAUACCAGCAAGUUAACAAAAAGCUUCCAGCGCUAUUGCAACAUCCUGCAGAGUAUUUGUUGUCUAUAUUCUUUCUCAGCCUUAAAAUGUUUAUUUUGUUCUUAUCCAACUCUGGAUUCACUGGCAGUGUUCCCCGUAAAAAAUAAAAAUCAAUUGUUACUUGAGCAAUAGAGAUGUACAUUUUGUAAUUAGUUUGUCUCGUAUGCAUUUUUUUUUUGUAAAUGAUCAUGAAGAUUGACGCGUUUGUUCAUUCCACAAGGAAACUGGUGAGUGCAUUCACUGCUACCUUUGCUUGAGCACAUUUUGAGUCCCAAUAAAACAAAUUCAACAUUUA